GGAGAAGAGACAACUUAAAAAGAAAUAAAAAGAAAAAGUAAAAAAGGAACUUGUUGAUAAUGCACAUGGAGCUAGUCCAAAACCAAAAUUGUCAUAUCUUUGACAGGUGUUACAUUUAGCACAUUGGACAAGACAUCUGAUAACGGAAUAAUUAUGUUCAGGAGCAAAGCAUUGAGUCUGUCAAAACUGAUUCCCUUGAUGUUUGGCCAGUCAAAUUUGGCUAACAAGUUUUUUCAUCCAGUUAUUGCUUCUCAUGGACUUUGCUGUCACAGAAGUGUGAUUUACAAACAGAGGUACAGGAUGCACCAACUUGGUGCUGGAAGACGAACAAUAAGCACUGGGACCAAGGUCAUGGCAGAAGGAGAGUUGCCAGCUGUUUUGAUCCUGGAUAUAGGAGGAACUCAUGGCAUACUAGAAGACAUUGCAGCACUUUUGAAGAAAUACUUUCACCUUAUCACCAUGAAGGAAUUUCUUGGAAACAAAGAAGAAAUGAGAAAAAAAAUCCAAUCUGUUUAUGUGUUUGAGUGCAGGCCAACUAUUGACCGUGAGCUUCUAGAAAGCCUGCCUAAUUUAAAGGUGAUUGCAAACUCUGGGGUUGGAGUGGAUCACUUAGACUUGAAGAUGAUCUCGAGCUUUGGUGUGAAAGUGACCAACACCCCGCAUGCCGUGGCAGACCCAACAGCAGACGUAGGAAUGGCCUUGAUGCUGGCCUCUGCCAGAAGACUAGUGGAAGGCUGCCACAUUGCCCUGUCUCCAGGCACAAAGUAUUUUGCUGUUGACUGGCUAGGAGUGGAAGUAACCAGAGCGACACUUGGGAUCAUUGGGAUGGGCAGCAUUGGAUACAAAGUGGCUCAGAGAGCCAGAGCCUUCAACAUGAGGAUCCUGUACCAUAACAGAAACCGGAGAAAGGAGGAGGAAGAGGCUGUUGGUGCCCACUACUGUGCAAAGAUGGAAGACUUGCUGCAGCAAUCUGAUUUUGUUAUGUUGGUUGUGAACCUGACUCCUGAGACUCACAAACUGAUUGGGAAAAAGGAGCUGGGGCUGAUGAAACCCACAGCUACUCUUAUAAACAUCAGCCGAGGUGCAGUUAUUGAUCAAGAUGCAUUGGUAGAAGCUCUCCAGAAUAAGGUUAUUAGGGCUGCAGCUCUGGACGUGACAUACCCUGAGCCUCUGCCAAGAGAUCAUCCUUUAUUACACCUGAAUAACAUCAUCAUAACCCCGCACAUUGGAACCGCAACAGUCCACGCCACCCGUAUGAUGGCAGAAGAAGCAAUAGCAAACAUGCUGGCUGUUCUCAAUGACCAACCCAUUCCAAGCGAAGUGUUUCCCAAAUGAUGAGUGCCAGAUGAUGCCACUAAAUUUCCUGUGUACUGGAAAGCACUAUUUCUUACCACUUUUAAGCUGAAUAAAAAAGUAACCUGUUCCUGCACUGCUCAUCAUGAUGCUGCAAAACUGUCAGACUUGAUUUGUUCUGUUACUUACAACUUGUGAAAAACGCCAAUCACUUGUUUUAAAAUUUUAAGUUUAAUAGUAAUAAAAUGGUUAUAAAAAUAGUAAUACAAAUUAGAGCAAUAAGAAUUUGGACAAUCAGAGUUAGGACAAUAAAGGACAAUAAAAGCAAAGAAUUAGGAAUGUUUGAAUGCUUUCCUGUUGAAAGCAUGGCUUGCUAACAAAGGAUUAACCCUUAAAAGCAAUAGCCUGUUGCAUAUUCAUAUAUCUCAUACAUGAUGCAUACAUUCCUUUCAAACUAGGAAUUUCUCUGGUUACUGUUAACUUUCCCCCCCUUAAUCCUUUUGGCACCUCAAAGACAAGAAGGAGGUGGUAGAAAGUGUGUAUUUUCAGAUAAGGAGGCAAUAAUUCUUCUCUUGGAGAUUUAGGUGUCUUGUUGCUGUUACCUCUGUGUGAAGAAUUUCUUGAGCUAGUUAGAAAAAGUAUCUUAUAUCACAUAGUUUUUAUUUUAAUACUAUGUUAUACCCUAAAACUAUAUUUAACACACUACUGAAAAGGAUUAAUAUAGUAUAACUUUUUAACAUAGCACAUAAAAUAUCCAUUUUAAUAUUUGUGAAAAGCCAAUCACAAAAUACACAUUUUUCACACAAAAAAAUAAAGUGAAACUAAUAAAGGAGAUUUGUUUGAAGAUUUUAACUGAGCAGUUAUGCAUUUUGGUAUCUUCAGUCUCUUUCAGUGAAUAGCAAUAUUUUGUUCCCAGUUCUGGCUGCUACAUAAUGAUAAGCAAGUGCACCUGGCAAUUUGUGUAACACUCUCCAAUCUGUUGAAGAUGAAUGAGCAUUGAU